ACCUGCCUCUGCCUCCCAAGUGCUGGGAUUAAAGGCGUGUGCCACCACUGCCGGGCUAUAUGUACAUUUUGAAAUGCUAAAACAGGGACUUCAGUCUUGUUAGGAAAACAAGCCUUGCACAUAUGGACGCAAACUAUUUGUCUGAGUAAAAUAGUGUCAUUGCUGUUUGGGUUAAUACAGCAACUAGUGAGCACUCAUGUAAUGGGGUCUGGGUUCCUCUGUGUACCUAGAGAUGCUGAGGCAUCAACACAGGGAGGGCCUGGGACUGUCCUGUUUCAGGAAGAGCACAAAGGUGGGCCAAAGAAGUCCCAGGGGAAUGGAGGGCAGUACUUACUGGGGAAGGAUAUAGAAUGGUUUGCAAGAGUGGAAGACUGGAGACCCUAGUAAAUGGAACAAAAACCAUAAGUAUUGGUGUGAUAACAAUAAAUGAGAAACGUGUGCACACACCUAUUGAAAGGGCAGAAUUCUUAUCAUAGCAGGAUGUCAAAAGAAAUAGUCAAGGUAGAUAAAUCCAAAGAAAACAUACGUUGUCAUAGUGUAAUGGCUAGUUCUCAUUAGAAGCUGAGUUAGGAAUUGGAAGGAAGUUGGGAGUGCCUUGAUUUUCAGAAUGAAAAGGUCAAGACAGAAUUAAUUCUAAGGGCAAAUGCAUACACUUUGCUAGGUGAACCAGUCAGGAGAGGUUUCUGCCCUGGUUGAAUAUGCAUUCUGUGGAGACACAGGAAAGAAAACAGGGAUUUUGAAUCCUAGACGAGAAGGUCUGUGUGAGGGCAAAUUCAAGUGUUGAUUAGUCCAUGCCUGGCCAGCUUUGUGUAUGUUGGUGAGAGACGGGAAAAGCCAUCCUGGAAGCUUGGCUGUGAAGAAGUAACUGUGGCUAUUGGAGAGAGGAGGAAGGAGCAUAAGAGAAAGGCUAGCAGAACCAACCAAGUAGGAGCAGGUCAGGAGGAAUGCUAAAUUCUGGAGUAGCAUUUUAGCCUGAGAGCUUUGGUAGACCAUAGAAGAACUGGAAACACCAGGGCGAUAAAUGUGACCAGUUUUUCAAGUUUCUCUUUGGUUGUAAUGGGAGAGAGUGUUUCAGAGAGAGAGGCCAGCCUGGAGGUGAUGCCAGAAGUACCAUAGUGGAGAUACUGAGCAAGAUGCUAGUUUCUCAGUGGUUGAGAGGAGGGGAGAAAGAGAUCGUGGUGGUAGAGGAGACCACUAGAAGGAAUAGUGAUAAGGGACCAGUGUCCAGGCACAGGCCUGUACCACCAUGGGGCUGCCAUAGGAAUGCUGUAACAAGAGAAGUGCAGAGAAGUGAUGCUUUCUCAGAGCAAACUUUGCAAGGGAUGGGCCGACAAAAGCUUCCAGAAGGCAUUGUAAGAAGGUUUAGGAGAUGACAGCAGAAUGUGGGCUUGUGUCAGGAGAAAACCACACAGAAUAGUGCAAGAGUGGACGCCUGGUAAACCGCAGUGACUGUUUGCGGUACUUGUGCCAAAAUGUAGGCUCCUUUUUUGCUUAACAGCUUUAGACUCCGGCUGUUAAUCUCAGUUCGACACAGCCAUCUAGCACAGAUGCACUUACGUAAAGUGAAAGCCAUGUGACAGAUUGAAAACAUUAUUUAAGAAAAAAGUUCUAUUCAGAAGUUAUAUCUUGUUAUUAGAUGGUGUAUGCAUAGGUUUUGUGUGUUUAAACGCGCUAGCUUUCUACAAAUUUCUUUAGGGAGGGAAGGGAUGGGAAGAAGUUGAACCAGGUGCAUUACUGAUAAAAAGGAACACACACCUGGCAACCGUUGUUUAUUGUUUUUUUUUUGUUGUUGUUGUUGUUUUUGGUUUUGGUUUUGGUUUUUCGAGACAGGGUUUCUCUGUGUAGCCCUGGCUGUCCUGGAACUCACUUUGUAGACCAGGCUGGCCUCGAACUCAGAAAUCUGCCUGCCUCUGCCUCCCGAGUGCUGUGAUUAAAGGCGUGUGCCACCGUGCCCGGCUGUUUAUUCUUUUUUAAUUUAAGAAGAAUCAAUUGUCAACUUUUUUUAAAAAGUUGUUAGGUUAUUUAAUUUGAAAGGAACUAUUGUGUCUUGACAGGAAUAUUUGAGACUUAAGGUUUCUCCCAUUUUUCUAGGAAACCCCCCGCCCCCCCCAAAAAAAGGCAGAGUAGACUGUUUAGCAACCCCAUUUGGGGUAUGCUUGUGAAUGCUGAGAUGGAUGUCGGAAAAUACCAGAGUGUCCUAGGGAUUUCUCCUUCAUCCUUUUCUCCUUGGAACUGUUUAUGAAUGAGUUGAUGAAGACAUGGAGAUCGUAACACUUGUCAUACCUUGAAAGGUUAUAAGGGUUGUGUGUGGCUGAAUGUGGCAGGAAGCUGGCCGUCAUAGCAAACUCAAAGACCAAUUUAUUUUUUCUCACCUCGGAAGAAAUCAGAGGUGGCUAGUUCCCGUGUUUCAUGAAGCCACGGGAGAAUUGCUCCAUCGUCCUCACCAUGUGUGUGUAACCCUUGAAUCAAACAUAAACAGUGAGCCUCAAAGGCAGAAGUGCUUUCUCAGCUGGGACAGCUUAAGAUAGCAGUUCUCUCCUAUGGCCCAGUGGACUUUAAUGCCUAGCAGUUCUCAAAUGGGCCCUCUUUUGUCAUCCAGAGUGACGGUUCAAGAUUCUAGUCACAGGAGGAGGAACAUGUAAAGAAGAGACAAGGGUUUAUGCUAGUUGCCUUUUGAGGAAGAUUCUUAAAACCCACUGUAGAGUAGUUUCGUAGUCUUUAUUAACUUAGUCAUGUGUUUGCACCUAAACUUUAAGGGUGAAGAACUGAAUCUUUACUACAAGGGCCAGGUGUUAUUUGGAAGAAAGGAACCGUAAAUUUGGGGUGUGAAUUUGUCUGCUGCAAUUCUUGUAUUAGAGAGCUAAAGCUGGAGGAGGAUACAGCAGGUGGGGUAGGGCACACUGUAACAAGGCCACCCAGCAGGUGGGUUGGGGCACACUGUAACAAGGACCACCCAGCAGGUGGGUUGGGGCACACUGUAACAAGGCCACCCAGCAGGUGGGGUAGGGCACACUGUAACAAGGCCACCCAGCAGGUGGGGUAGGGCACACUGUAACAAGGCCACCCAGCAGGUGGGUUGGGGCACACUGUAACAAGGACCACUCAGCAGGUGGGUUGGGGCACACUGUAACAAGGACCACCCAGCAGGUGGGUUGGGGCACACUGUAACAAGGCCACCCAGCAGGUGGGGUAGGGCACACUGUAACAAGGACCACCCAGCAGGUGGGUUGGGGCACACUGUAACAAGGCCACCCAGCAGGUGGGGUAGGGCACACUGUAACAAGGCCACCCAGCAGGUGGGGUAGGGCACACUGUAACAAGACCACCCAGCAGGUGGUGUAGGGCACACUGUAACAAGGGGGGGGGGGCACACAUCUUUUCAUAGAACUGUGAUUUUCUAGGAAGUAUCACUUAGUAAACUCCUUUGCAUCUUAUUUUUGUUACUUUUCUAUUGCUAUGAUAACAUGCCAAGACCAAGGCAACAUACAGAAAAAGAGAGUUUAUAUUGUGUGUAUGGUUUCAGAGGGCUAUUAGUCCAUGAUGGUUAAGCAUAAGUAGCAGGUGGCUGGCGCAGCAGCUAAGAGCUUACAUUUAGAUCUGUAAGUACGAGGGAGAGAGAACUAACUCAAAAUGGUCCUAGUUUUCAAACCUCAAAGCUCACCCCAAGUAACACAUCUCCUCCAACAAGGCCACACCUCCUAAUUCUUUCCAAACAAUUCCACCAACUGGGACCAAGUAUUCAAACAUUUGAGCCCAUGAGGGGCAUUCUCGGAACACAGUUGGUUGCCUAAUGCUGGCUGUCUUCAAAUGGGUACACUCUGAAAGGGGCAAUAGAAUUAUGGUUGUUACUCCUCAUGGAAAGUGAGGUAUAUACAAAGGUAUAGAUAGCAGUUGGAAAUUAUUUUUAGUUAAUACAAGACUACUUUUAGUUUCACAGGAUCAAAGAGUCAUGGAAACCUGCUAUGCUUGGAAAAAUAUUAGUGUUAGCUAUUUGUUUGGUUUGGGAUCAAGUGCUGCUGACAGAUAAAAGGAGGCACAAUAGUAAGGCUGCAUGGCUGUUUGGAGGGAGCACAUUCUGUCGUACCUUAAACUCUUAGAAGACAAGUAUUGAGUAGUAGUAGCUUAAAGAACUUGAUGUGUUCCAUGUUAGAUUCAAAAGUUUAAUUUAUGAAUUAAUCCACUUAUGAUGGAACAAAAUUACCAAAGCCUUAGGGUAUAAAACAGCAAACAGAAAAACUAGUGUGUAUCAGUUCGUUAUGCAGACAGACACCCAGGGUUCUGAAACAUAAAUGUGGGAGUGGCUUAGCUUAUAGCUUCUGCUGAGGCUAUCUCACCACUGUUGGGAGGACCUGCUUCCAGACUCACGGGCAUUCGGUGGCUCCUACCAUUUGUUCCUCCUACCCUCUGUUCUUCAUCCCUUGAACUUCAUUCCUUGAAGCUAUCUGAGUUCUUUACACUGUCACAUGAGUAUUUCUGGAGACAGCAAGAGCCCAGAAUGGAGGCUGCUGUCCAGUCCAGUCCCAUCUCUUAGCACACCUUGCUUUCCUUCUGCGCCUGCUGUUGGUCAGACCAGCACUGCUGAUGAGGGACUUCAACAAGAAGGAAGAAGAGAUCACUGCUGUUGCCAUUUGCAGGCCAAGUUGCUUUUGUGAUUUGCAGUUAAGGAAGCAUGACCAAGGAAAGAAUAAUUAGCAUGUGCACACAAAAAGGUGCAUAUGUGGAGAUAAAAAUCUGGACAAUGCCGCAGAAGCAGCUGAGCAGUUUAAAUUAAUCCAAGCUGCAUAUGACGUCUUAAGUGACCCUCAGGAAAGAGCGUGGUACGAUAACCACCGAGAGGCCUUACUUAAAGGAGGGCUCGAUGGGGAAUAUCAAGAUGACAGCUUAGAUCUGCUUCAUUAUUUCACGGUUACCUGUUAUUCUGGUUAUGGGGACGAUGAAAGGGGGUUCUAUGCAGUGUAUCGUGUUGUCUUUGAGCUGAUUGCAAAAGAAGAACUGGAGUGUAUGUCAGAGGGAGAUGUUGAGGAUUUUCCAACCUUCGGCGACUCCCAGAGCGACUAUGACACGGUGGUCCACCCUUUCUACGCUCACUGGCAGAGUUUCUGCACACAAAAGAAUUUUUCCUGGAAGGAAGAGUAUGAUACCCGGCAAGCCUCGAACCGCUGGGAAAAACGAGCCAUGGAAAAAGAAAACAAAAAAAUUCGAGACAGAGCAAGGAAAGAGAAAAAUGAACUGGUGCGCCAGCUGGUAGCCUUCAUUCGUAAACGAGAUAAGAGAGUGCAGGCCCAUCGGAAGCUUGUGGAGGAGCAGAACGCAGAGAAGGCGAGGAAGGCAGAGGAGAUGAGGAGGCAGCAGAAGCUGAAGCAAGCCAAGCUGGCAGAGCAGUACAGAGAGCAGAGCUGGAUGACCAUGGCCAAUUUGGAGAAGGAGCUCCAGGAGAUGGAAGCAAGGUACGAGAAGGAGUUUGGAGAUGGAUCAGAUGAAAACGAAGUGGAGGAUCAGGAGCCCAGAAACGGAUUGGAUGGCAAGGACAGCGAGGAGGCUGAGGAGGCUGAGCUUUACCAGGACCUUUACUGCCCAGCUUGUGACAAAUCCUUCAAGACAGAAAAGGCCAUGAAGAAUCACGAGAAGUCAAAGAAACAUCGGGAAAUGGUUGCCUUGUUAAAACAGCAGUUGGAGGAGGAGGAAGAACAGUUUUCAGGAGUUCAAAUGGAUGAAAAUGUAUUGAAUGCCAAUUCUGAGGAGGAAAUGGAAGAUACACCAAAGCAGAAGCUUUCUAAAAAACAGAAGAAAAAGAAACAGAAAUCAGCACAGAAUUUUGAUGACAAUUUCAAUGAAAAUGGAACUGAAGAAGGAGGAAAGAUUGCUCCAGAAAAGACUAAGUCAAAUGAAGACAAUGCCAAAGAAUUAGAAAAUAGGCCCCAAGAAAAUACCUGUAUUACAGAGACCACAGAAGCCUGUGAGGAUCCAAAAAGCGAAGCUAAAAGUGUUCCUAAAUCCAAAGGAAAGAAAACCAAAGAUGUGAAAAAAUCUGUCAAAGCACCUGCUGAAGCACAGCCAGUGAGUGAUGUCCUCAUCAGCUGUGCGACUUGCCACAGUGAAUUUCCAUCCCGGAAUAAACUGUUUGAUCAUCUAAAGGCUACUGGUCAUGCAAGAGCACCUUCAGCCACAGCAUCUUUAAACAGUGUAACUAGGAACAAGAAAGAGAAGCGUAGAAGUAGAUAGGAAUUCUGUUAACUCUUUUUUUUUUUUAACUGUCUCUAGAUCUGGAACCAAAAA